UGUCAUAGCAAAAUGUCAUAACAUAACCAAAAAUUACUGCCUAAAUUUGUUUACAGUCAUAAAAACAAGAUAGAUAACUAAAGUAUUUCUUUUAAUUCUCUAGUUACUAAUUAAAAUGUCUGAAUUUCAAAUCGGCGAUAUCGCUUGGGCUAAAAUGGUACGAUCUCCACCCUGGCCAUGCGUUAUUUUAAAAACUGUUGCUGGUAUGCGAAAACCAUCAAAAGAUCCAAACAGAAAAUACUACUGGGUAUUCUUUUUCGGCUCUAAUAAUUUUGCAUGGAUACCAAAAUCACAACUGAGCAAUUUCGAGGAAAACAGAGAAAAAAACAUUCAACCUAGUGAUGUUCCCUAUUUCACUGAAGCAGUUGAAGAAGCAGAAGAACAUUUAGGAAGAAUGAAGUCAAAUCCAGAUUACAAAGUUGUGGUCAGCGAAGAAUUUAAGUUGAAAGGGAAAAGGAAAAGAAGUACGAGAAGAGCACAUAAGUUUAAAAACGAAGUGAAGUUAAAAGGAUUGACUGUUGAUAUAAACAAUUGUGAUUUCAAUGAAAAUAUGGAGUACUCUAAAGGUGUCUUAGAUACAAGACAGAUUUCAACGUCAAAGUUGGUUUUUGGAGUUUUAGGAAUUGGCAUAAUAGGCAGUGGAGUGGUAAAAAAUUUGAUACUUUCUGGUCACAUAGUCAACAUAUGGAACCGCACAAUGAGUAAAUGUGAUACACUAAUAGAUAACAUUGGUGGAAAAUUUAAGAAAUCAGUGAAAAGUUUCUUCAGUCCUCGCUCUCUGCUACAGAGCUCAGAUAUAGUUUUUGUCUGUGUUUCCAGUCAAGACGUGGCCAACAGAAUUUUUCGUUAUAAUUUCGGUAUAAAUAAUCCUAAGGAUACCAUUUUAAAAAAUAAAGGAAUAGUUCAGAUGACAACAACCGGUCCAGAGACAUCCAAAGAUAUAAAAGCCAUCAUAGAGAAACAAGGUGGCAAAUAUUUAGAGGCUCAAAUCCAGGGUAGCAGAAGUGAAGCAGCAGAAGGAAAUUUACUAGUAUUAGCAGCGGGAGAGGAAAGUCUGUUUUACGAUUGUCAGUCAUGUUUCAAGGCAAUUGGAAAAACUGCAAUGUACCUCGGUGAAGUUGGAUACGCUUCAAAACUAAACCUCAUCCUCCAAAUGAUAAAAGGAGUAAACCUUGCUAUCCUAGCCGAAGCACUUUCUUUAGCCGAACGAUGUGGUAUAACCCAUACGUUUUUUCUCGCCAUUUUUAAUCAUUGUCAAAUUGCAAGUCCGUAUUUAAAAGAAAAAGCAAACAUUAUAGUUAAAAAAGAUUUUAGCAACGUAGAACAAGCUUUGAAGCAUCUCCAGAUGGAUUUGAAACUUGGAUUGGACUUAUCUAAUGACGAACAAGAACCGAUGUUUUUAGCCAAUGUCGCAAACGAAAUGUUCAAACAUUGUGAAAGGUUAGACUAUGGAAGUCAGGACGCAGCCUCCAUUUAUAUGAGAAAUAAGCAUUAAAAUAUUUUCUAGGACCAUUGAUUGUUUAAUCGUUGUUUAGUUUUGUACAUAAUUAUAUUAU